GACGAUCCAGACAACUACAUUGGCUUCAACAAAAAGCUCGUCAAGGUCAACGACAAGUUGGACUUGUACGCCAAAAACUUGAACAUCAUCAGAAAGUUGCAAAACGACUUGAUUUUCGAGGUCGAUGAUGGCAAGAGGCACGAAGCAAACACAAAGUUGAACGAGAUAAUCAGCUUCAAUGACAAUCUAGAAAACCAGUUGAAAUUGAAUAUCAAAGAAUUGAGAGAUUUAUCCGUUGGCGAUUUCAUCAAGGUUAACCAAACAGAGAACAUCAAGAGCAAAUUUAUGGAUUUGAUUAAUAAAUACCGUAAAAAUGAGAUGAGCUAUUCAGAAAAAGUCAAAGAUGAUAUCAGUAAACAAUACAAGAUUAUAAAGCCUGAUGCUACUCAACAAGAGAUCUACAAUUACGUUAAUAACGCUGAUGUUCAAGAACAAGGCCAGCAACAGGUCUUCAAGGAUUUCUUGAUAAAUUCUACUAGAAAAGAAGAAAGCAAAAACAUUUCGAGAAACGUUGAAAGCAGACAUGAAGAAAUUAUAAAAAUUGAGAAAAAAAUGAACGAAUUAACCAAAUUAUUCUCAGAAAUGGAAAAUUUAAUCGUUGAACAAGAUGAUUUGAUAAACGAGAUCGAUAAUAACGUUGAAAAGGCCCAAUUGAAUAUUGGUGGUGCCAACAGAGACUUGGAAAAGGCUGUUACUCAUGGUCGUAAAUCGAGAAAAUGGAAACGAUGGUGUAUUUUCAUCUUGGUGAUAGUUAUAUUGUUAAUUAUA